AUGACAGACCCGGCGUUAAACUUGAUAAGGAUCACUAUUUGCUUCUUCUUAUUGGUAUUAUUCUGCGCUACUCAAGAUAUAGCAGUUGACGGAUGGGCCCUUACCGUGUUAUCUCCAGAGAGCUUAUCAUUUGCUUCGACAGCUCAAACAGUUGGAAUGAAUUGCGGGUACUUCCUGAGUUUCACCGUUUUUCUUGCUUUGAGCUCUCCGGAAUUUUCCAAUAAAUACUUGAGAAGUGUCCCACAAGCUGAGGGUCUCUUCGGACUUGGUGAUUACUUGUCAUUCUGGGGAUGGAUGUACCUUCUUGUUACAGCUUUACUUGUCUUUAUACCUGAAGAUCCACCUCAUUUGGCAAAGCUCAAUCGUGAGAAACUUGCUGCUGAACAUUACAAGCAUGAAACGGCUUAUAAUAGGCCAUUAGACCGGACAAAGCAAUAUUUAAUUGACUUGAUGCAUGUUUAUGACUCCAUGUUUCAGGUCUUAAAACUUCCUAACGUGCAAACCUUCGUUGUGAUUCUUUUGUUUGCGAAGCUUGGUUUUCAAGUGAAUGAGGCUGCUACAAACUUGAAGCUUCUAGAGAAGGGACUUUCAAAAGAGGAUCUAUCAAUUACCGUUCUUAUCGAUUUUCCUUUCGAAAUGAUAUUUGGAUACUAUUCUGGCCGCUGGUCUUCAGGAAAAAGCCCGUUAAGGCCAUGGCUAUUUGGGUUCGCAGGUCGUCUCUUUGCUGCCAUUUGCGCUCAUGUUAUCCUCCUUUAUUUUCCUGAUUUGAACGGAGGACCUGUCCCUUUUAAGCUUUUUAUCCUUAUUAUAUGUCAGCAUUUACUCAAUUCGUUCAUGUCUACCAUCCAAUUUGUUUCGUUAUGUGCUUUCCAUACUAGAAUAGCUGACCCUGCAAUCGGUGGAACAUACAUGACAACUCUAAACACCUUAUCCAAUUAUGGUGGCACUUGGCCUAGAUUGAUCAUUCUUUACUUGAUCGACAGACUUACACUUGCCAGAUGCGAAGGAAUAGCUGAACCAUACGAAAUAUUAGCCGAGGAUCAGAAGAAGGAGUGUUUGGGCGCUGGAGGGUAUGUGUCUAUUUUGAGGGAUGGAUAUUUCUAUACAAGCGCUCUUUGCAUCUCUUUGGGUAUUAUCAUAUGGUUCUGGAUUGACCUACCCAUAAUGAUCGAGAUAAAUGCUAAUGAUAGAUUAGGGAAGAAGAUCAAAGUGAAAUGUUUACCUGAAGAUACGAUUGGCGAUUUGAAGAAGAUUUUGUCCAUGCAGCUCGGAACCUCCCACGAGAAGAUCGUGUUAAAAAAGGGCCAUCAAGUUUACAAGGAUCACAUCUCAUUGGACGAUUACGAAGUGCACAAUGGUUUCAACUUUGAACUAUAUUAUGGAUGA